CUCGUUUAUUUUACUUCUUUUCUUUCUUGUUGGUUUACUAUAUCCAAAACUACUCUACUAUGGGGAUAGGCAUCAAGGGUCGCUGGUUUACUGAGCCUGAUACAAAUCGCACUCUUCUAUUCAGAGGUGUGAAUUUGAGUCCUAAUACGAAAUUACCUGUUGGCAUACCCUCUCAUAAACGUGAGAGUUUUUGGGUUGACUAUGAUCGUCAUGUUACCUUUGUUGGUCGUCCAUUUCCAUUAUCUGAUGCCGAUGAGCAUUUACAGCGAUUAGUCAAUCUUGGCUUCAAUCUACUCCGGUUCAUUGUGACAUGGGAAGCAAUUGAACAUGAGGGCCCUGGUAUUUACGAUGAGGAUUAUCUGGAUUAUGUGGUUCAGGUUUUGAAAAAAUGUGAGGAGUAUAGGCUUCAAGUCUACAUUGAUCCUCAUCAAGAUACGUGGUCGCGCCAUUGUGGUGGCUCAGGGCAUCCUGGAUGGACGCUUGCAUUGGCAGGUCUUAACCCUUUGCAUUUUCCUCAAACCAAUGCGGCCAUCGUACAUAAUCUAUAUUCACCGCCAGAGAACUUUCCAAAGAUGAUUUGGAAUACGAACUACAAUAAAUUAGCUGCUGCCACUUUAUUCACUCUAUUUUACGCUGGUCGAACUUAUGCACCAAAAUGUAUUGUCAACGGUGUCAACAUUCAAGAUUACCUACAAGACCAUUACUUGAGCAGUUUGACGCAGUUAGCAAAGCGUAUCCAUGACAACCAUCUUGAAGAUACCGUUGUCAUUGGUUAUGACACCAUGAACGAGCCUGGCAAGGGCUAUUUAUCAGUACCCAACUUGAGUGAGAUAAGUAAAGAUGAUGUUGAUUUCAAAAAAGGGCUUACACCUACCGCUUUUCAAGGCAUGCUAUUAGGUGCAGGUUUUGAGGCACAAGUAGGUUUUUGGGAACUCAAGUGGAAUGGGCCUAGAAAGACGAAGGACGUUUGGGUGAAGCCAGACAUGACAGCUUGGAUGACUGACCAAGAAGUAAAAGAAGCCUAUGCCACUUUUCGGUGGGAAAGAGACUUUAACAUUUGGCCAGCCGGUUGUGUUUGGGCUACGCAUGGUGUGUGGGACCCUUCUCAUCAAGAUUUGCUUAGACCGGAUUACUUUGUUAAGCAUCCUAAGACAGGACAACCCACCCAUUAUAACGAUUUUUGGACUGACCAUCUAUUGGCUUAUGAACGAGCCAUUCGUCAUAUUCAUGAAAAUGCUAUCUUGUUUGUUCAGCCUCCCGUUUUAGAAGCACCACCCAAAUUACCAGCAAACUUGAACAGGGUCGUGUAUGCUCCUCAUUGGUACGAUGGACUGACACUGAUUAAAAAGAAGUGGUGUAACUACAACGUGGACUACAUCAAUUUGAGUCGUGGAAAGUAUGGUUCAGGGCCCUUGCGGUUCUUGCGUGCUCUGAGAGUAGGCGAAAAGGCGAUACGACAAUGUUUCGUAGAUCAAUUGGAAACUAUACGAAAAGAAAGCAUUGAAAUUGUAGGCGAUUAUCCUUGUGUGAUCGGUGAAAUUGGUAUACCUUACGACAUGGAAAAAUCAACUACCACAACGCUUUCUCAUGUCUCGUCUUUCUGGUAUUGGAUACUGUCGCUCCUCGGUAGCUCUAAUACAGAUACAUUAACAGAUAGUCAAAAUGCGAUUGGCAGUCCUCAGUCAGAUCAGAAUAAAGCUUUCGAUGCUAAUAUAAACGCUCUAGAGAAGAAUUUGUUGAACUUCACCUUAUGGAAUUACAUGCCUGACAACAGUGCUGAGUGGGGUGACUUAUGGAACGGCGAAGAUCUUAGUAUUUUCCAAAGCUCUGAUAACAAUAAGUCAACAGACGACGCAUCAGUGAUAACAAAGCAAACAAACUCAUUCGUAAAAUCUCCGUAUGCUGAUGUAUCAGUAGCUGUCACCAACGAUACUAUUAUUUCUUCUACAGACUCUCUCCAAGGCUUACUACAACAAUAUCAACAGGAGUCAAAUGUCCGUAACUUGAUCAGUUUGCAUAGGCCUCAUCCUUACCUCACAGCUGGCUAUCCGUUAAAUAUUAAUUUUGUUUCGCCCACAGAAAAAAUAUGUGCGUCAUUUGAGUAUAGUUUUGAAUACAAGUCGACGACACAUGGACCAACAGAAAUAUAUGUUCCUAGCUGUUAUUUCCCAGUGACAGCAGUAGCCACCGAUGAUACAGAACUUACCUCUAGAAUAACUGUCAGCGUCGGAACGUGGCAAGCAGCUUCCAUUCAUAACCAAUAUUGGAUUUUACUCUGGUCUAUAGAAGAAGAUCAGGAUAUAACUGAAGUGAAGAUCACUAUAGAGGGGAUCACGGUCAUUUGA